AUGUUACCUAUUGCGGGACGUUGGUUUGCAAUUCGUUCAAAUUUUAUUAAAUUUUUUGCUAUUCGAAGAAACGGAAUUACUACUGAGAUUAAAGAAAACAUCCGAAUGAUUGAGAAAAAACCUUUAGCGAGCCAUGAAUCUCAAAGAAAGUUUGAAAUACGAUGUCCAAGAGGUAUAUCUCUAGGUACACGUGACUAUGGACCUCAAGAUAUGGCAUUACGAAAACAAGUGUUAGAUGUAAUUACGGAAUGCUUUAAACGCCAUGGUGCCGUUACCAUUGAUACACCGGUAUUCGAGUUACGCGAUAUAUUGCUAGGAAAAUAUGGUGAAGAAGGUGGAAAACUGAUUUAUGAUUUGUCCGAUCAAGGUGGUGAGCUUCUCAGUCUGCGUUACGAUCUCACGGUACCCUUUGCUCGUUAUCUUGCUAUGAAUAAAACUGUGAUGUAUCUAAAACGGUAUCAUAUUGGAAAGGUUUAUAGAAGAGACAACCCCUCCAGAGGACGUUUUCGAGAAUUUUACCAAUGCGAUUUUGAUAUUGCUGGUUCAUACGACUUGAUGAUUCCGGAAGCUGAAUUAUUAAGAAUUAUUAAUGAGAUACUGAGUGCACUAAAUGUUGGUACAUUUGAAAUCAAAGUAAACCAUAAACUACUACUUGAUGGCAUGUUUGCUGUUUGUGGUGUACCAGAAAAGCACUUCAAAGCGGUGUGUUCCUCGAUCGAUAAGUUAGACAAGCUUCCGUGGGAAGAUAUUAGAAAUGAAUUAUGCAGUGAGAAGUAUAUCCAUAAUGACGUUGUCAACAAAUUGGAGACAUUUGUACGUUUACGGGAACAUGAUAGUAGCUUAACAAAUUUGGAUUUAUUAAACUGGUUCGAGAAAGAUGAAGCGACAUCGAAAAAUAAUGAUAUACAAAAAGCGGUAUCUGAAAUGAAGCAACUUUUGGAAUACUGUGAAAUUUUUGGUAUUCUUUCGAAUGUUACCAUUGAGCCGUCAUUGGCACGAGGUCUCGAUUAUUACACGGGAGCAAUUUUUGAAGUUAUUUUGAAGGAUUCUACCGAAAAAACACUCAUGCAAAAUGGUAAUGCCGAAGAAGAGACCCGAGGCAUCAAUAUAGGUUCAGUUGCUGGUGGUGGUCGUUACGACAAUUUAGUAUCAAUGUUUUUAUCGAAACAUAAAGUACCUUGUGUAGGAAUAUCGAUUGGGAUUGAAAGACUUUUUACGAUUAUGAAGGAAAAAUCAAAA